AUGACAGAGGAUGAAAGGUGGCGAAAGAUGAAAGCUUACACCGUAAGGCGGGACAGGUGGUUAAGUUUUGUAGCUUUGAUAUGUUGUACAUCAAGCUUAAGAUAUUGGUUUACUUCAUUGGUUUGCUGGAAUGCUGUUAUCGUUAACUCUAUUAACGAGAUGAACCAUGUCGACAAUAUUGGAGUGAUGAAAAAGAUGACUAGUGGAACAGAUUUUGCGAAGGAUAUAGAGAACAAUAUAAAAAGAUGUCUUGAAUUGGAAGAAAAGAGCAAAAUGGAUGAAAUCAAGUGUAUGAUGUUGGAACUGGAGGUUGAAGAUUUAAAGGAAAGGAACAAGGAACUUGAAGAGCAAAUCGCAAGGAUUCAGAAGGUCAAGAACAAUGAUGAAAAGGGGAAAGUUACUAUCGUUGAUCUUACAGGUGAUGAAAACGAGAAUGUCGGGUUGAUGAUUGAAAACAAAGUUUUGGAAUGUGAGAAAACGAAAGCAGAAAGUGAACUUUCUUUUUGGAAAGAGAAGGCUAAACAAUUGAUGUCACAAGUUCGUGAAUUGGAGUCAAAGCUGAAUGAAGAUGGAAUUCUUCAUUUGAAAAAAGAUGAUUCGAUCUCAACUCCCAAAUCUGCCAAUGAAACAUUAGAGACAGGGGCAAAACUGGAAUAUUGUAGCAAAGUUAGAAAGCGUUUACAAUUUGAGGAAAACGGAUGCUCCAACAAGAAAUUUGCUCCAUCUACACCAGGUUUUGCUCCACCCUUUUCUGGUGUUAUCGAUAUUAGUGAUGAAGAUGUAAGUGAUAAUCAAAUCCCAGAAGUUAAAAAGCUUUCUGAUUCAACCCCUGAUUGCACUAAUCUUGAACAUAUUGAUGAAAUUGAAGAUGAUAUGUUUGGAUUUACAAGUGGUAAAAGGAAAAGAUAUUCCAAUAUAGUUGCAAGUGAUAAUGAAACCAGUGAUGAUGAUGAUGCUCCAAUUUGCACACUCAUAAAGAAAGAUUAUAAAGAUGAAGAUAAAGAUGAUAGAACUAGGGUGCCUUUAAGAAGACUUAGAAAGUUAGAUGACAUGAAUAAAAGUGGGAAUAGUUUAAGUGAGGAUGAAGAAGAUGAUGAUAGUUUGGGUGGAUUUAUUGUUGAGAGUUCUGAAUCUGAAUCUGGAAGUGGUGAUAGUGAUACUGAUGGAUGUGAUGAAUCUGAAGAUGGAUUAAAUGGAUAUAAAUUAACUUUAGAUAAAAUUAGGAGAAAAAAGGAUUUGAAUAUGAAAUGGGAAUUAGAGGGAGAUAUGUUAGCUGAUUUUGGGAAGAAUCCUGAAUUGUGUAUGAAGGCUGUGUGUGUUCUUUAUAAACAACAAACAAAAGAUGAGAAAGAAUGUAAAGCAACAAUAUAUCACAAUGAACGAGGGUUUAGUCAUCCUGAUGCAAAGAGGGCUAGUAAGGUGGCUGAAUUUUUGACUGAAAAAGACCCAAAUUGUGAUUUGAAGAAAACAGUUGAAGAACUGAAAAGAUAUGACACAAACGGGAUUAAGUAUUGCAGGAAACUCGCGAUUAAAUAUUCAAAGCAGUUGUUUGAGAUUUACAAGAACAAAGAAGAUCCGAAUUUCAUGCCUUAAUGACAAAAUAUGUGAAUCUGUUUUAGUUUUACUUGUGUAUGUGGUUAAUAUUAGUGUAUCUAGUAAGUAAAUAUUUUGAUAGAUUAUGUCGUUUUAUUUCUAUUAAUGACAUCAUUGUGUUUUUUUAGUUUAUUGCUUUAUUAGGAUGUUAUACUUUUAGAAAUGAAAUCUAUUGUAGUAA